GAUUUAGCAAUGGAUUUGAAUUUAGCAAAAAAAAAACGUGACGGGAAGUGAACGAUGGUGGCCGAGCCGUAAUAUGCUGGAAUGGCAAAUGGCCUUGCUUUUCGGUCAUAUUUAAUUGAUAAAUAAGCAGUGAACAACCAUAAAUAAUGCCGAAAAAAUCUAAAACUAAGCAGCAGGGUGAUGAAGAAAUAGCUACGAAUAAUAUUCAGUCAAUGUCUGAUUUUCCGAACUUGGAUAAAAAUGCGCCGAAGGAAGGCAAAAAAAAGAAAAAGGGGGGUAAAAAAGCCUUUUUUGAAGAACUUGCAGAUGAUAACAUAAAUCAAGAUGUAGAGAGUCCCCCUGUAGAACAAAAAAUGAAGAAACAAAAGAAAAAUGAAACUGUUGAGCUUGCACCAAAGGUUGAAAAAGAAAAAACGAAACAGAGAGGGCGCCAAAGAGCACCCGGUCCGGAAGAUGAGGAGGAAAAUGAAAAUGGUUUAGUUCAAGACUUCACACAUGAAGAUGGACCAGAAAAAGAGGAAUCUGACGCCCUGGAUGCUGAGGCAUUGAGUAAAAUGACGCGUAAAGAACGAAAAAAGUAUCAAAAACAGAUGCAAUUUCAGAAACAAAUGGAAGAGUUAGAAUCUGAGAGAUUGAACGAUGAAUUGGGCAACUUUAGUAUUUCCGAGCAAGCUUCUGGUCAAAAGAUUUCAGCGAUUCAAGACAAUAGUAUGGACAUUAAAGUAGAAAGUUUUUCAAUCGCAGCCAAAGGGAAAGAUUUAUUCAAAAAUGCUUCUCUUACAAUCGUCGCCGGACGAAAGUAUGGUCUUGUCGGACCUAAUGGUAAAGGGAAAACGACUUUAUUGCGCCAUAUGGCAGCGAGAAAAAUGGCAAUACCAGCCCAUAUUGAUAUUUUAUAUUGUGAACAAGAAGUCAGAGCUGAUGAAACACCCGCUCUUGAAGCAGUUUUAAACGCUGACAAAAAACGACUUGAGUUGAUUGAGCUCGAGAAGCAAUACAUAAAAGCACAAGAGGCUGGUGAUUUAUCUGUACAAGAGAAAUUACGAAAGGUUUAUGAAGAUAUGGAAGCAAUUGGGGUCGCAUCCGCUGAAGCAAGAGCGCAAAGAAUCUUAGCCGGACUGGGAUUUACAAAGUCAAUGCAAAAGCGUGCGACGCAGGAUUUCUCUGGAGGCUGGAGAAUGAGAGUUUCCCUCGCAAGAGCUUUGUUUAUGGAACCAACAUUACUUAUGCUGGAUGAACCCACGAAUCAUUUGGAUUUGAAUGCAGUCAUCUGGUUGGACAAUUAUUUACAACUAUGGAAGAAAACUCUUUUAAUCGUCUCCCACGACCAAAACUUUUUGGAUAACAUUUGCACGGAUAUUAUCCACCUUGAUGACCUAAAAUUGCAGUACUAUCGAGGAAAUUUUGCACAGUUUAAAAAGAUGUACGUCCAACGAUUGAAAGAGAUGACAAAACAAUAUGAAAAGCAAGAGAAGAGAUUGAAAGAGCUGAAAGCGCAUGGAUCAUCAAAACAAGCAGCAGAAAAGAAAACAAAAGAAGCAUUGACCCGUAAACAAGAGAAAGGUCGUCGUCGUGGCGCCACACAAAUGGAAGAAAGCAGUGAAACGACUGUUGAAUUGAUACGAAAACCUCGUGAAUAUAUUGUAAAAUUUUCUUUCCCAGAUCCACCACCUUUGAAUCCACCAAUAUUAGGAUUAUAUAACAUCAGUUUUGGUUACCCUGGGCAACCAAUGCUUUUCAAAAACGUUGAAUUCGGUGUUGAUAUGGAAUCUAGAAUUUCAAUCGUAGGACCUAACGGUGUUGGCAAGUCUACACUUCUAAAACUUCUGUGUGGAACGCUUGACCCAACUUCAGGAGAAAUGCGUAAAAAUCACAGAGCCCGAAUUGCAUUCUACAGUCAGCAUUCAGCUGAACAACUGGAUUUAGAUAAAUCACCAGCGGAAUAUUUGCAAAGUAAAUUCAACAUGCAGUACCAAGAAGCUCGAAAACGUCUCGGCUCUGUCGGACUUGUAAGCGAAGCUCACACCAUCCCGAAUCGCGAUUUAAGUGGAGGACAGAAAGCUAGAGUAGCUCUUGCAGAACUCGUAGCAAGCGCACCUGAUAUUUUAAUCUUGGACGAACCGACGAAUAACUUGGAUCUUGAAUCAAUCGAUGCACUUGCAGACGCAAUAAACACCUAUAAAGGAGGAGUUAUAAUUGUGUCUCACGAUUCUCGUUUAAUUACUGAAACAAACUGUCAACUCUGGGUUGUUGAGCAACAGACUAUCAAUCAAAUUGAAGGUGACUUUGAUGAUUACAAACAGGAAAUCUUAGAAUCUCUUGGAGAGGAGAUUGUUAAAAAACAGCCGUCUGCCGCCGCAGCUAUAGCGGUAGAGCAAUGAAAUCGCUUUCUCAUAUAAAAUGUCGGUUAUGGAUGGUGGUGUUUCUAGCUCCUAGUCAAUUCAUGCAGAUAUGAUAUUUAUUGGUCGCUCCAGAAGUUUGUGUACCAAUAUGGAGGUAACUAAUUUGACUCGCCUAUUUUACAUCAACUUGUGUAAAAGAACUGAAACCUAUGGGCAGGGGGUAUAUUCACUUGGCUAAACAAAAGCGUCCUCGAACUUGUAAAAUAAGGAAAAUCGGAAUAAAAAUUAUGGCCCAACCCUAACCUGGUACACACACUACGGAAGUACCAUUUAUUGUCAUUUUCUAAUUCAUGUGGUGAAUGGUUGAUGUGAAUGAAAAAGCAUUAUUAAAACCGAAAUUCACAGAUAUAUAUAUAUAUAUAUAGUGGCACUACUAUAGCAUGGAAUCCACUUCGAGCCCUAUCUAUUCCUAAUGGACAUGAACAUUUAAUUUAUAACGCUGAUACAGUGGUUCCUAACCUUUUUAUGGAUUGUGGCCCCGUUCCGGAGGGUUUUAGCACGCAUGGCCCCCGUUUAUUGUUCCAGUGGUAUUUGUAGUUUUAUUUUGAUUGGUUGAUUCCAAAUCCUAUCCUGUUUAAACAAUUCAUGCUCAACAAAGGAAAAACACCCUGUGAAAUAACUUUAUCAAGUAAUGAAACUAGGAUGAACAGGGAGUUAGUUUACGCCUGGCAUUUUGGCCGAUAAACCUCGCGCUAUAGCAUCACAGAUAUAUUUAUAUAAUUGAAAUUGGCAAACAACUUUUGGGGCUCAAAUAUUAUUGCAAUAUUGUAGUUCUUUUUUUUAUAUGUUGCUCAUCGAGCCGGAGUCAAGAAAUGCUGAGUAUGACUCAAAAUCCAGCAAAACAGAAUCAAACUCUGAAGGAACAUACUGUUAAAAUACUACAAGGGUAUUCAGAAGCGGGGACUGCAUUGCAUGUAGGGAGGCAUUAUUUUUGGUGUCUGUCAUAACAUGGGGUUUAGUUGAUAAACUCAGUAUCCAUCCUGUGCAGCCAACAUGGGUAUUCAGUUUGAUACAAAUAGCUUGAAGGUCUCAAUAACCUUAAUACAAAAUAUGUCACAUUACUGUUUUGCCUGAGCUGUGGUAUUAGGGAUAAGUCUACUAGUUCACUCAAAAGAAUUUGGAAAUGCUCUUACACCUCAUUACUUUACAAUUACUUUUCUAUUUGAAGAAUUGUUCCUUGUAAAUAUAAAAUAUAUCUGUUCCAUCAAUAUUAUUUUGAAUUGUGUGCCAAGGAUUCGGAUUUUAUGUUGUACACCAGUGGUUCUCAACUCUUUAUGGCUUGUGGCCCUCUCUCGAAGGCUUCCCGAACUCAUGGCCCCCCUGUUUAUCUUUCCUUUGGUAUUAUGUUCACACAAUUCAUGCUCAACAAAGUGAAAACACCCUUAUCAAGCAAUGAAAUUAGAUAGAACAGGAGUUUUCAGAUCUGCGCCUAGCAUUGUGGCCCUCCAACUGCCCCUUUGCCCCCCUAGGAGGUCACAGGCCACCAUGUUGGGAACCACUGUUGUACACAAUGGUGCGGUUUGAAGCUUCGGAGAUUUCAUUCAUUUUUUGUGAGGUUGUGUACUCAAAUCAUUUGUGACUUACUGGGAUGUUUGUCUAUUUGGAAGUACAAUCAUUUUCUUUGGAAUAGGAAAUUUGAAUAUUAAAGAAAUGCAACGAUG